AGAAAUCGAAACUCGGCUGUUAAAACCGCUACCUCUGCGCUGCGGAAUCUCCCUCGAGCCUCGUAGGCGGCCGCCGCUCCGCACCAUGUACGCCCGCGGUGCAGCGAUGGGCUCCGGGGCCCGCCUCGUCCCUGCCCGGGACCCCGGUGCACCUGGCCCGCGGGGAAGCCAGAGCCGGGGUCUGGAGGCGGCGGGGCCCGGGGCCCCUGCGCGAGCGAGCCUGGGGCCCUCCGACCCGAGGAGCACACGUGCAUAUACCUUGAUAGCACCAAAUGAAACUCGGAGACAUCAGAUACAAAGGAUUGCUGAGCAAGAGCUGGCCAGCCUGGAGAAGUGGAAGGAGCAGAAUAGAGCUAAAUCAGUUUAUCUUUUGCCAAGACAGCUGGGUGGAAGCCAGUCAGAGUCUGAAGUCAGGCAGAAGCAACAACUCCAACUGAUGCAAUCUAAAUACCAGCAAAAGCUAAAAAGAGAAGAAUGUAUAAGAAUCAAAAAGGAAGCUGAAGAAGCUGAGCUCCAAAAAAUGAAGGCAAUUCAGAGAGAGAAGAGCAAUAAACUAGAGGAGAAAAAGCGACUUCAAGAAGAGCUCAGAAGAGAAACAUUUAGGGAGCAUCACCAAUACAAAACUGCUGAGUUCUUGAGCAGAAUGGACAGAGCGUUGCCACAUAGAAGUGCCUGUCAACUUACUCCUCGUGACCCGCAGCCGUCGAUAUGGGAUAAAUUACCGGAACCUGCACAACAGCUGCAUAAGGGAGAAAAUGCCAAAACCCAGCAAACAGAGCACAAAAGGGUAAAUAAUGCUUUUCUGGACCGACUCCAAGGCAGAAGUCAGCCAGGUGGCCCCGAGCAGUCUGGAGGCCAUCGGAAUAUGAAUAGUCGUAAUGGCUGGGGCAAAUGAAAAACGUUAAUUUCCCUGUGACUUUCAUCAACUGACCUUGAAAACCUCGCGAGAUGCUUUUCUUUAACACAGUUUAGCUCAGCCUCCCUGUUUUCUACCUUACCUUCGACUGCCUGUCCACUCAGUGAGCAGUUAGGGAUGGUCAAUUUCUCUCUGGCAUCAGUUAUGCAUGUUUGCAAGCGCUGAUUACUAAACUCAUUUAAUACCUACUUCCUGCAAAACGUUAUAUUGUUUUUACAAUUGGUUUUGCCUCUUAUUAGAAUCAUUAGAACAAUGUUAGUAAGACAGAAACAGAGGGACUCACUUGAUACUUUCGGGUUAGGGAGAACACUGCAUGCUGCAGGCUUCUUUCCAUAAGCAGCUAUUUCUAAGCUAAUUUUCAGAUCAAGUUUGGGGAAGCUUUGGGAUCCUUUUAGAUUGUUAUCACUACUUUCUUAAUCUAGGCAAUAAACAUGACCAAAAGAAAAAUAUCAUAUACUCUAUUAAACAAACUUUUAAAUAAAUUUUGAACUGUUUCUAUUUUGGCUAAAAUCAAGUGUAUAUAAACAGGCUGUUUUUAUUUUUGGUGCAAAGCUCUUAGGCUUUUCUCUCUUCAGGAGUCUCAUUUUAAUUUCCUUUUACAGUCCAUAUAGAUCAAAUAUAAUAAAAUAAUCGCUGUUAAA